ACUGACGUCAUAGCCAUGCGCUUUAGUAACAUCGACUGGAGAGCAGUGUUCGUUUGUUUGAGACAUUUCAGAAGUUGCUGCCAGUUUACGGUGUUUUUCUUUACGUGCUGACGGCCAACUUUUCAUAGGUACAUAGUCGACAGAAGAUAUCCGGUGGCCCAGAAUGAAAUUAUGUUCGGCGUUAGGGGUAUGGAUGUUUUUUAACGUAGCAGCUGCGAUGGAGCCCAUCAGUACAAGCAUAGCUGUGGGCAUGGCAGCAGCUCUCACUGGCUUUCUUGCCAGCUAUCCAAACUUGAUUUACUAUUUCCAUGAAUGCUGUCGGCCAGAGUGGAUCUCCUUGAAUAAGACACAUCUGGAGGUGGCCUUGAACAAGGAGCUCUUUGGCCAGCAUGUGGCAUCCCGGGUAGUCCUGAAAACAGUGACCGGAUACAUGCAAAACCCGAACCCCAAGAAACCCCUGGUCCUCUCUCUGCAUGGCUGGACAGGCACCGGAAAGAACUUGAUGAGCCAGUUGAUUGCUGAGAGCAUCUACCACAAGGGCAUGGAGAGCGGAUUUGUGCAUCUGUUCACAGCCACGGCACACUUCCAACACCAGAAGCAUCUGGAAACGUACAAAGAGCAGCUACAGAUGUGGGUUAAAGGGAACGUCACAAAGUGUCCACGCUCCAUGUUUAUUUUUGAUGAGAUGGACAAAAUGCAACCUGGCCUGAUCGACAGCAUCAAGCCAUACCUGGACUACUACGAUAAUCUGGAUGGGGUUUCUUAUAGGCAGGCCAUCUUCAUUUUUCUCAGUAAUGCAGGGGGGGAGAAGAUCGCAGAGGUGGCCCUGAACUUCUGGAACGCGGGUCAGGAGCGAGAGGAGAUCGAGCUGAAGGAUUUGGAGAUGGCAAUCACCCUCUCGGUCUUCAACAACAAACAGAGCGGUUUCUGGCAUGCCACUUUGAUUGACAAGCACCUGGUGGACGUCUAUGUGCCUUUCCUGCCUCUGGAGCAAAAGCACGUGGUUCAGUGUGGCCUUGCUGAGAUGGUCGCCAGGAAAAUGAAGCCAGACAAGGAAGUGGUGGAGCGCAUGGCCCAAGAUCUUAACUAUUUCCCCAAAGAGCAUCGCCUCUUUGCCACUCAGGGCUGCAAGGUGAUCUCCAGCCGACUGGAUUAUUACAUUUAAUGCCUACAGACUGGGAGGAGUUCAUUUUAAGAAGCGACUUCUUAUCUGAAGAGGAGGUGGUGGGGCAUAUUGUCCCUUCUCCCAGUCACACUGCUCCUGUACUGGAUGUUGGGCGCUUAAUGACUGGACAAAGAAAUAUUUUAAAAUAUUUUAACUGCAACACUUUCUUUCAGUAAUUGGAAUGCAAGGUGUUGGUCCAGAGGGAAUGUAUGUGUGUAUAUGACGAGUAAGUGAGCGUGAAGGUGCCUCUGAAUACCGACUGAAUUGCCAGGGAAAGAACUUGAUUAUAAAAAAUCACACACCUCUGCCAUCACAGUGACUUUGAACAGAGCAUCAGUGGAAGGGUGUGUUCGUUGCACUAAAUGUUCAAAUAACUGUGAUAUUUCUUAGAUUUACACUAAAACUACAUACCCAAUUCAUCUUUUGAUCGACUGAUUAAAAUGGGUUGGUUAUAAGAAGAUUGCCUUUUACCCUGUUUUUUUGUCUUAUUUGGCUUAAACUGUUCUCUGGCAGGUGCGUGUUCCUUGUUUAGCCUUGGUGCCAAGUUAUUACUACAUGAACCAAGAGUGUGUUACACAUGCAGAGCUCUACUUCCAACCUCUGAAGGACUCAACUCAGAUCAUGUUGGAAAACAAGGUGUGCUGUUAAGCCCUCUGGCUGAAAUGAUUAUGAUUUUCAUCAUGAACCACCCAAAUAUAUAAUCAGAUACCGGUAAGGAGAGGGGAUAGAACGAGUUUCAUGAGAAUCAUGGUACCUGUGCAUUACAAUAUACAGCAGAAGUGAGUAGACCCAUGUGCAAUAUCAACGCAAUGUGAAAUGAUUCAAAACUGUACCCCCUCUCAAUCAUUGCAUUAUUUCUAAGUUGAUAAGCUUAGUAUUUCCUCUUACGACGAAUCAAAAACAAAUACUUAAAA